UCCGAGAAAAAGCCAGGGACCUUCUCUGGAUCCCGCCAUAGCUGGCACCAUAACAAUCUCACAUCCUUGUUCCCUUUUGAGUCAGAGAAUUAGCUGCUUCUUGUUCUUCAUCAUCUUCUUCUGCAACUGAAUCUACCUAUUCACAAAUCCCAAGAAACAAAACAUGGAACACAGAAGAUCAAGCUCAUCCUCUUGUCUUCAUCAUGGUCUUCUUCUUGUUGCUGUUAUUGCUCUCUGUUUCUCAGGAUCUGCUAAAGCUUACAAGAAUUACACAGUGGGUGACUCUCUGGGUUGGUUUGACAAUCUUGAGAAGCCCUCUGUUAAUUACCAGAAAUGGCUUUCUGGUAAACAGUUCAGCUUAGGAGAUUUCCUCAUUUUCAACACAGACAACAACCACUCUGUUAUCCAGACAUACAACUUCACAACAUACAAAUACUGUGACUACGACGAUGCACAAGACAGCGACACUGUCCAGUGGUCGGCGUCGGACCCAUCAGCGACGGAGCCGCAUUCGGUGGCGGUGGCGGUGCCACUGGUGAAGGAAGGGAUGACGUACUUUUUCUCGAGUGACUACGACGGCGAGCAGUGCAAGAAUGGGCAACACUUCAAGAUCAACGUGACGUAUGGCCAAGGGUUACCGAAGAAUCUAAGAGAUUCUUCUCAAGAUUCUCCUUCACCUAAUGCUAGCCCUGUGUCUGGAGAUGAAGAUGCAGCUCCAGAUACUAUUGUUCCUUCUAACUUCAACAAUCCACAUGAUGUUGAUGAUGAUGAGAAGGCUGAGAAAUCAUCAGCUGGGUCGUUUGUUUCCGGGAAAAUUUGUUAUAAUUUUCUUGGAAAUUGUCUUGUUUUUCUAGGGAGUGUUUUGCUCUGUUUGAUUUGAUGAGUUGAGUCAUUGAGAGGCGCUUAUAGUUAUAUAAUUCGUUUUUUUUUUAAAUUUGUUUUGUUGUUUCUUUAUUUGAAUGAAUAGGCUUGAAAUUGGUUGGGCUUUUAUUUUCUUUUUUUAA